AUGAAUAGCUUCGCUUCGGCGCAGCAUACGUCGUCGUUUAGCGCGUUCGAGGGCCGGAGCUAUCGGUUCCAAAAUGUUGUCUCAGAGAGCCACAAACGCCCGGAAGGUUUUCAGCCCUCGUCGUACACGGCAACUUCGGACAACAUCCGCGGUGACACUGCCGAGCUCGGCGACAUGGCCCUGAGCUCGGACGAUGGCAAUCACAGUGCGUUUUCGAACGAGUACGAAGACCAAGAUGCUAACGCGAUCCAAGAGGAGGACGUGCCUACCCCACGCUCCGAGCUGCCCAAGUCGCCGGUCGAAGGGUACUUUGGUGCCAAGAGGCAGCCCCACAAGAGCCGCUUUGAAGAGGCGCCGCUCCUGUCCCGGCCCAGGGCGACGCCCUCGGGCGACUACGGCGCAGUGGAUGACGGACACAAGGAUGUCCGUGUCGAAGAAAACAAGAACAUGGUCCCUGGCGAGGCUGCCAUGGAGGCCGUCGGCUCGCAGUGGAGCUCGCUACGGACGCACAUGCGUGCCAUGGCCAGCGCCGCACGCCGGCCCCGUAACCUCGAGACACUGGUCAGCAAGGCACGCGAACUAACCUGGUCGGAUGUGCGCAAGAUGGGCAUGCAGCCGAUUCAUCAGAUCCCGGCGGUGAUCCUGGGUGUGCUGCUCAACGUCUUGGAUGGUGUCUCGUACGGCAUGAUUAUGUUCCCUACCUCGAACCCUUUGUUUGCUGACUUUGGCGGCGACGGUGUGUCGAUGUUCUUCAUGACAUGCAUCAUCUCUCAACUUGUGUACACCUGCGGUGGCUCCAUUUUCAAAGGAGGUAACGGCAGUAUGAUGAUCGAGGUCGUGCCUUUCUAUCAUAUCCUCGUGCAGGUGAUCACCAAGGUCGUUGGCGAAAAGGACGGCCAGGCGGUUGUCGCGACGACCAUGGUGGCCUUUGCCCUUUCGUCUGUGUUCACUGGUCUUGCGUUCCUGCUGUUGGGUGUGCUGCGCCUCGGUGUGAUUAUCAGCUACUUCCCUCGCCACAUUCUCGUGGGGUGCAUUGGUGGUGUCGGAGUCUUUUUGAUCGAGACGGGUCUGGCGGUCGCCGGCCGCAUCGAAGAGGACGGGGGGUUCAAGUACAACGGCGCGACGCUCGCUGCUCUUACCGAGAGCUGGGCAGUGAUUGCGCAGUGGACCAUUCCGCUGGCCCUGGCAUUCUUGCUGAGCUUCAUCACCACGCGUAUCCACCAUCCCUUGGUCUUCCCGGGUUACUUUUUGGCGAUUCCGAUUGUGUUUUACGCGGUGUCGAUGGGCGUGUUUGGCAUGAACAUGCAAGAUUUGCGCGACCACGGCUGGGUGUUUGAUGUGGGUCGAGCGUCCGACGCGCCUUUCUACCGCUACUUUAGCUACUUUGACCUGCGCAGCAUCUCUUGGGAAGCACUGUGGGCGACACUUCCGACGCAGCUUGCGUUGGUCUUUUUCGGUAUUCUGCACGUUCCGCUGAACGUGCCGGCGCUUGGUGUGAGCGUGAACGAGGACAACGUCGACACGGACCGUGAGCUGAUUGCGCACGGUGUGUCGAACGUUGCCGCUGGUUUCCUGGGCACCGUGCCGAACUACUUGUGCUACGUCAACUCGGUCCUCUUUUACCGUGUUGGCGGUGGCUCGCGCCUCAGUGGAUUGAUGCUCGCUGCUGUGACGACGCUAAUCAUGCUGCUCGGCCCUGGCAUGAUCGCCUUUUUGCCGAUCAUGGUGGUGGGUGCGCUGAUUUUUGUGCUGGGUAUCGACUUGGUGCGCGAGGCGCUCUUUGACACGAUUGGACGUGUGAACCGCCUCGAGUACCUGACCAUUGCUGUGAUUAUUGUGGUGAUGACCUGCUCCGACUUUGUGGUGGGUAGCCUGGUCGGCAUUAUGCUCGCCUGCCUCUUUUUUGUGAUGCAGACCUCGCGCAAGAAUGCCGUACGCUCAGUUUUCAACGGACAUGCCGCCCGGAGUACCGUGCGCCGCCACAUGACGCAGCGCCGUUUCCUCGAGCAGGUCGGCCACCAGACGCUCAUCUUUAAGCUACAGGGCUCGUUGUUCUUCGGCACGAUCAAUUCGGUCGAGCAGCUGAUCCGCAAGAUGCUGGACAUUGCCACCUGGAAGCAAAACCCCAUUCGUUUCCUUAUCAUGGACCUUACGCAAGUGAACAGCAUGGACUUUUCGGCCGCUGAGGCCAUGACACGCAUUCACCGCAUGCUUAGCAGCAAGAGCGUCAUCUUGGUUCUUUGUGGCGUCAAGGCGGAAGGCGAUGUGGGCACCGCACUCCAAAACGUCGAUCUGUGGACUGACCUGAGCAUGCACCUUGAAGUGUUUGCAUCGCUGAACGAGGCGCUCGAGUGGACCGAAAACGAGUUCCUGCGUAGCAUGUACUCGUCGGGUCUCUCGGCGGGUCAAGCGCUCGGCCAGGCCUCGCUGUCCAACAGCGCGGAGCUCCGCGUGCCUAAGCGAAAGCCGGUGCUGCACCUGGACGACGGCUUUGCAAACUCGCCGCGCUACAACCAGCUCCACGAAGCUGCCAAGACGGCGACGUACGAUUUCCGCACACGCCACGAAACGAGUCCUGUCGGUGCUCGCUCGCGCUCGCGCGAGUCGGGCAAGGACUCGAACGUGGAUGGGCACGCGCUCUCGCUCUUGGUCUCGACGCUGGGUCCUUAUACGGACGAUGCCAGCGUCGAGAGCGCAUUUAAACACCUCGUCCCCGAGCUAAAAGAGCUAGAGCUCUCGGAAGGAACUGUGCUGUGGGAGCGGGAUGAUACGCCGGAUGCUUUGUACUUUAUCGAGUCGGGAAUUCUCAAGGCGCGCUACGUCUUCCCUCAGGAUAACUAUGAGAUCAACGAGGCCAUGCUGGCCGGUACGAUCGCCGGCGAGCUUUCGUUCCUUUCCCAGCAGAAGCGCAACUCCACUGUGACGGUCGAGAAGGAUGCCAAGGUCUGGCGACUGGACGGUGAGGCCCUGCAGAGCAUCGAGCAGCACCAUACCCGCGACUACGCCAAGAUUAUUCAGACGCUGUUGCGAGUCACGGCGGACGAGCACGACUGCCUGAUGUCGUACCUCGUUUCUCGUCUUAGUUAG